CUUUUUUUUAAUAGGUCAUACUUCAUAGAUUAGAACUUUUUUAAAAGUUUAUUAUGUCAAAUGAACCUCAACCUCAAGGGGGCGCUGGAGUGCAAAGAAAGUUGUCGCGUAAAGGUGAAUCACUGUACCAUGUGUUGGAUCUAGAAAAAGGAGCCUCACCCGAUGAAAUAAAAAAGAAAUACAGGCGACUUGCUCUUAAAUAUCACCCGGACAAAAAUCCAAACAAUCCUGAAGCGACAGAAAAGUUCAAAGAAAUCAACAAUGCAAAUAAAAUUUUACAAGAUGAAAAGAAGAAGGAAAUUUAUGACCAGUAUGGCUCUCUUGGUUUGUACAUUGCUGAUCAAAUAGGAGAAGACAACCUGAGGACUUAUUUUGCUUUUCAAUCUCCAUUGGCCAAGUGCUUGUCCAUAUUCUGUUGCUUGGCCACUGGUUGUUGCUUCUGUUGCUGUUGUUGUUGCUUCUGCUUCAACUGCUGCUGUGGAGCUUGUAAACCAGAACUGGACGAAGAGUUUGAUAUUCCACCUGAGGAUUUAGAAGCAGAAAAGAAAACACAAUAUCAAACAACUACCACAUCUGAACCAGUACAGAAUCAGCCUAUCAGUUUAUCAAUGGAGUAAUGAUUAUAGAUGGUGAUGAUGAGGAUAAUUCUACAGUGACUGCCCAGCCCUUGGGCGCAUCACCUCCAUCAGGUACAUCUCUCGGCGAAUCAACCAAUGAGAAGGUCCCAUUAACCUCUGCACCCCAACCACAAGCUUACCAAACAAACACGCCAUAAUUUCACAUAUCUAUGUCUGUUGAACUGUCUUCAGAAUUUUGUGACUAUGCAUGUCAUUCAAUCUUAUAAUGAAUCGCAGAAAUAAGCUUCACCUCUGCUUUUAACCAGUUUUCAAAUAUUUAGGUUAAUUUUUCAUUGAUACUUACUGUAACCAAAAGUUCUGUAUAGCAACUUACACAUAUACAUACGAAUUACUAACGUCUUGUAUUCAUUUCCUGUUAAUUUAAUUGAUGUGAAACUGUUAAAUACAAAGGUUGUACUGUAGCUUUAAUUCCACAUAAUUCUAAAGUGAUAGCUAAUGAUGUAAUAUCGUGUUGACUUCAAGUCUGGUAAUUCUUACUUGCUUAUUUGUUGACUUUAUUUACUGUUACAAAUACUUAAGAAUAAUUUUUAUUGUUUUUUAUUUUGACUGUGUUUUAAUGCCUGCCACUUAAUUAAAUAUUCAAAUUUCAAUGGACCAUGUAACAGCAAAGUUACACCUUUUUUAGAAUUAAGAAAAUAAUAUUUCCUAUUGCAAAAAAUUUUGUUGUUAGUGUCCGGUGCUGACUUUUGAACUUCUCUAAAUGAUCUGCAAUGCGGUAUGUCUAUAACAUGCAGUAGAUGCUGAUAUGUAAUGGUUAAUUGUUUGCAUUUAUUAUUUUUGUGUCUGUUAAAAUUUAUGCUAUUCAAAUUUAAUGUUGUUGUUAAACAGCCAUAAUUACCAGUGCAUAAAUCAUAGUUGUCGUAUAAAUAAUUUUUAAAGAGACCAAAACAGUUUUUUCUUUUUCAAAUUUACAACAAACUCAAAUAUACAUAAUAUGCGUCUUUGUUGUGAAGUUCGUUUAACCACAUAUUCCUUGCUUCUUUAACACUUUUUAUUUAGUUAAUUUACUUUGUCUGGUAGUUAUAACCCAAUCAAGCGAAUAUAGUAAAAUUCAAACA